AUGGCAUUGAUUUUGGGUGAUUUCAUCUGGGUUAACGUUUUCACCGCACUUGUUGUAGUGUACAUCGUCAAGUACUACUAUUCAUGGUAUACACGGGAGAAUCCGAUUCCUGGACCAUUUCCUUUGCCUUUAAUAGGAAAUUUACAUCAGUUGGGACUGGAUAUGGGGAAAGGAGCGGUCAAAUUACAAAAGGAGUUUGGGGACAUGUUUGAAAUAUAUUUAGGACCGACAAGAGCGAUAUUUAUAAGUAGAGCGGAACUUACGGAAAAAAUUUAUAAUCCGACGUUAAAGAAUAAUGAAUUCUCCCUUCGCACACCCUCUAACCCAGGAUUGGAGGAACUUCAUCUGACAGAGACCGGUAUCACAUUUAAUAGGGAUUUGAACGCUUGGAAAUUCAAUAGGCGUAUCUUAAACCUCACAGUGAUGUCACCAAAAUUCAUGAGGGAGAGCGUGAAAUUCACCAAUCAAAUUUGCGAUGAGUUGGAAAAGUAUUGGUCUACGAUUAAUCCCAAUAAUAAAAUUGAUUUUGCAAGGUGGACUUCUUGUCUCGCCGCUGAUAUUAUCGUGACCACUUCAACCGGAACCAAGGGUUACUCCAUGGCCGAUUAUAUUAAUAGCCUACCCAAUUCGAUUAAAGUCAAGAUUUCCGAAAAUAUUCUCGGGGAAUCCUUAAAAUUUAUUGAAUCCAUGUAUAUGUUUAUCUCAUGCGUCAUGUUCUAUUUCUCCUUUCCUCCUUUCGUUAGAAAGUUCGUCCCUGUAAUUAAAACGAUGUACCAUAAGUAUCGUGACAACAAUAUAUGGUUAAAUGCCGAAUUAGAUAGGAUUAUCUGUAACAGAAAACGAGAAAUCCAAAGUGCCCCUUCUGAUCAACCUAUAGAGAACAACGUAUUAAAUUUAUUAAUCACUUUAAAUACUGAAAUGGAUACCAAUAAGAUCACUGGUAUCGAUUAUUCGAGACCGUUGACUAACAUAGAAAUUUCCUGCACGUUAAAGGAAAUCUUUGACGCCGGAAUGGACACGACCCGAAACGUAAUGUGCUAUAUCAUGUUUUACAUUAAUAAAUAUCCCCAAGUUAAAGAUAAGUUGAUUCAGGAAUACGAAUCGAUCUACGGGGAUCUAAGCAAGAAGUUAGAUGUUACUUACGAAUCACUUGAUAAAUUAGUUUAUACCGAAGCCGUGAUCAAUGAAGUCACACGUCUCAUACCGCCAUUACCCGUAUUCAUGCGUGCUGCCACUUUUGAUACCGAAAUUGGUGGUUACAAGAUCAAGAAAGAAACGACCGUAAUUUUAACCAAAUUCGAAAUUAACCUCGCGGAUCCUGAAGCUCCGUUAAAAUUAUCAUAUCAUGGAAUUCAGCAUUGUGAUGAAUUAUAUAUGUAUAUUAAUCAAAAAUCGAAUGCUUAA